AUGCAUCGCAACUGCCGCCUCCCUUCUGAAACUCUGUUUCUAUGCAGGCGAGACUCAUCGCUUACGAAGUUGCCCGAAGAGGGAGAUGAGGUCGAGGAGCUUGAGGCUGACUGCGAAGAGUUCGAUGGAAUUGGUGGCGUUGCCCAGGCUGGGAGUUAUGAGCCGUCUCAAGAAGGCAUGAGCCCCCUUCGCUUGGGCAAUGGUGUAUGGGUGCUGCUGGUCUUUGGCUUGAUCCGUGCGCUGAAGGGUGGCAUUUGCAGGAGGGUACAGGAGUUACUUUUCGAUCAAACAGUCUUCACCUCGGGCGGCUGGGUGAGCAACGCCGGCGAUGGAAACUAUGGCACUCCCAGCUACAGCAUGGCGCAUGGCUAUUGUUUGCUGGAAGGGCGAAUUAAUGGUGACAUAGUGAGUGGUGGAGGAACCUUGACGACCCUUCCGGUGGAGUGUUGGCCCAUGCGCAAACUGAUCUUCAGCAAAGCCCUGUACAACGGCCCCAUCCACGUGGAUGUCAAUCAGUAUGGCGAGGUGUCCUACCACACGGACACCAGCGCCAAAGGAAGCAUCAGCCUGUCCGGUAUCAUCUUCAGCGCUCCAAGUGAUGGGAAGCGGUUCCUGCCCACAGUGGGGGUUUGGUACUCCGACAACACUGCCUUUGGUGAUGCCACGUUCUACAUGACCAGCGGCUUCUGCCUGGUGGAUGCGCGCCUCAAGGGUGGCAGCUUUGCGGCCGGUGAGCAGCUGGCCACGCUGCCCGAGGGAUGUCGACCCACCAAACGGCUCAGCUUCAGUGUGAACCACCAGAAGUACCCACACCGUGUGGAUGUGACGCCGGUAAAGUGCUGUGGCGGGCCAAACAAAAUGGUCCUGGUUGAGCCAUGUUGA